UUCUGGCGCGAAUAAAUAUCUUAUAAAUUUACAUUGCAAGUAAGGUCCCAAAUGCGCGUGAAGAUGCCAUUAUCAUUCAGCUCGCCUGGGUCAGAAAUGACAAGAGCCAGGAAAGGAUUAAGGGCAUCCCUUUCAAUCUGUGUUAUUAUCCUGCAUCCUCAACUGCGCUGACUGCGCAACCUCGUUCCCAGGGUCGCUCCAGGGGGCGGUAAAGAUGAGAGACCCUGGGAACGAGAUUGCUGACUGCGCUGUUGUGGCAACGGGGUCCUAGCCUGCGAGGGAAGGGGUGGCUAUGGUUUGCAGGCUGGGUUGCAUUGGAAUGACUAACUUAGCCACUUGGCCUCCAAAACAUCAAAGAUGGCGGCCUUCAAGUUUAGUGCAAAGUAUUCCCUUUAAAAGAACGUUCUUCCUUAGCCUUGGAGGUCUUUCGUGAUUUCAAAACAAAAACAAGGACUCUUUCGAAUGCUUGGAUAACUUAAGUGACGAUUCUUGUGCGAUCAAGAGGAUCCAACACUCCAAGAGAAAGGCCAGAUAUUUACCAUCUUAAUAUUGCUCCACUGGUCAUUUGUGUUUUGGUUGUGAUCGUCAAAAUACCAUGUCUUCUGCAUUCUUCUAUGGGAUUUCUCGCUUAUGUAGAGUAUCAAAGAGACUAAUAGGGUCUCAUUUCUCUAAAAUCGCUGGCGUAAGAGCAGCAUCGAAUGCGAUCAACUUCAAAGCUAUUGACGGUUUUGUCGAUAAAAAUAGUUCGGCAUUUCUUUCACGAGCAUCAGAAAAAGCCGAGAUUCUUAGGUCUUUUACGGAAUUUACGAACGUAGCGCUUUUAGGAGGCGGUGAAAAAGCCAUCGAAAGGCACACAAAGAGGAACAAAAAACUUCUUGUGAGGGAGAGACUUGCUAAACUCUUAGAUGAAGGGACAGAUUUCCUGGAGUUAUCACAACUUGCUGGUCUUGAUCUUGAGUAUGGUAGCGUUGCUUGUGCAGGAGUCGUGUCAGGCAUCGGGCAGAUAUCCGGGCAGCUGUGCGUUAUUGUUGCAAAUGAUGCAACAGUAAAAGGAGGAACCAUUUAUCCAAUUGCAGUUAAAAAACAACUCAGAGCCCAGGAAAUUGCUGAAGUGAACAAACUUCCCUGUGUAUUCCUUAUUGAUUCAGGAGGGGCAUUUCUUCCCUUGCAGGCUGAAAUAUUCCCUGAAACUGGUGGUCGCGUGUUUUACAAUGAGGCAGUGAUGUCAAUGAAUGGUGUUCCAACUAUCUGUGUUGUCUGUGGAUCAUGUACUGCUGGUGCUGCCUAUGUACCUACAAUGGCUGAUGAGGCUGUUAUUGUUGACAAAAUUGGCACAAUAUUUCUUGGUGGUCCUCCAUUAGUAAAGGCUGCCACUGGUGAGGUUGUUUCUGCAGAAGACUUAGGUGGUGCCAUGAUGCAUUCUAGUGUUAGUGGAUGUACAGAUCAUUUUGAAGAAGAUGAAGAAAGUGCAUUGGAAACGACAAGAACUAUUGUUGCUACAUUGAAUACAGAGCAGUCUGCCACUCCAUCAGAUGUGCAAGCUCCCUUGUAUGACAGUGAAGAUCUCUUAACAUUGGCACUUUAUGAUAGUACACAAUAUCCUAUAUACCAGAUAUUAGCACGGCUUGUUGACGGGAGUCAAUUCCAGGAGUUUAAGACUAGAUUCGGAACAGCACUUAUAACAGGAUUUGCACGUAUUUAUGGAUACUUGGUGGGAAUUGUCGCUAAUAACGGUUCAUUAACUUCUGAAGCUUCCUUAAAGGGCGCUCAUUUUGUGGAGUUGUGUUGUCAGCGGAACAUUCCUCUUAUUUUCCUUCAAAACACUUUACCUCAGGCCCCGUCCAACUUAUCAGUAGAGGCAAACGCCUGCUUGAUUAAAGAUCAAGCAAAAAUGAUGUCAGCGGUCGCCUGUGCUCAGGUCCCAAAGAUUACUGUAAUUAUGAAGGGCAGCUAUGGACCAAGCAGUUACACAAUGUGUGGACGCUCAUUUGACCCUCAUUUUCUAUUCACUUGGCCCACUGCUCGGGUUGCCAUGGAUACAGUUGACGACAUGGUAUCUAUGUGUUGUGCUGAGCAGGAAGUAGAUGGUCAUGAAAUGGAAGAAGAGAAACGCCAGACAUUGAAGGACAAGUUUGUAAAGAAGUUUGAGAAGGAAUCACGCGGCUACUAUGGAACUGCUCGUCUAUGGGAUGACGGCAUUAUUCUGCCUCAAGACACGAGAAAGGUCCUGGGUCAGAGUUUACGAGCAGCCCUAUCUUCAUUCCCCCGCAGACAAGCGCACAAGUUUGGAGUAUUCAGAAUGUAACUCAACCUUCAUAGCUUGUGAUUUAAUAUCCAUACGAAAAGGCAUUCACAGUUUCAUUUUAUGAUCACAAAUUAGUUAGACAGAGCAUCUUGGGAAGGUUGCAACUCUUCUUUAUCGCACAAAGGUUUGCGUCACAUUCUUAGCAACUUCACUGUGGCAACGCCACAGUGGUAUAUUAAAAUAAUUGACAACGUGUCACACAACAUUACUAAGACAUGUCUUUUAUUUCAACAUUCUGUAUUUACUGUAAUAACCUAGUUAUCCUUCCAAAAUGCAUACAUUGCAUAACCCUUAGGUAUAAGAAAACCGUCAAUAGAGGAAUCUUUGUUUACAAUAUUUGCCUCAUUAGCAGAUGAUCGAGCUACAAAAAAUAUCAGUUCUAAAUAUUGAAAGGGCACAGCACGAUUAGCUCUGCUUAGGAAUUUAAGCUUGAUGUAUCGAGUACUUUUUGUGCGACGCAGGUUUACUACAAAACUCAAAAUUUUACAGGGAACGAAUGGACUCAUUAGCGAUUUGCCCCGCGGAAAUUUGAGAGUUUUUGAGUGCCAAUAUGUCCCUCAAUGUAGUUUUAUUACACCCAAAUUGCAAAGCUAAAACUUUCAUCAUACACUAAGUUUCACAAGCUGUUUAACUGUUUGAAGUGAAUUCGUUCCUAGCACGAUGCCUUCUCAAAGCAAAGUCGUAUGCCAAUUUAAUUCAUGAGGCAAAAAUGUAAACAAUGACUUCAGCAACGCAAGUUUUUAAAAUUAUUUAUUUUUCAAAUACCCAAUGGGAGCUAAUGGGUUAUACUACAAAAGUAUUGGUUUCAGCUGGUUUUUAGUGCGUAUUACCGCUGUACAGUUUUACUGUGAUUUCCACGAGUUAGACUGGCAUCCAGGUUCCCUAAUCAACAGGGUUGGGUAGUUCAAAGCCCCAUUAAGCCGACCCAGGAUUAGCAAGAAUUUUAAUUUCAGGUUUGUAACUUUGCGGUGAGAUUUUCUAUUUACAUUGUUUGGCCUUUUGUUUUGAGUUUAAAUAAUCUCAAACUACACAAAACAUAGGCAGUGAAAAAUCAUUUUAUCACAAUCGGCGGAAAAUCCAUUUUUUUAUCAACAAUGGUAUAAUGCCGUAGUAAAGACCCUAUCAGAUAUUCUGGACGAAGAAGGAAAUUUCUUGUUCCUUCCUGAAUUUAGGAAGAAGUAUAAAAUAAAAACAAACUUUGUACGUUAUUUUGGGUUGCGCAACGCCAUUCCAAAGUACUAGAAAGAAGCCUUUAACCGCGACCUUGAAAACGAGUCAGUUAGCACAGGACAGUCGACAGAUCCUUUAAACUUUUCAUUUUGGACUUGUCAGCAAGCACGCUCACUUUAUCUCUAUAAAACGUUGCAAAAACCUACAUCCCAAGCUCGUCUAAUUAAGGCCGGCUUUACUGAUCGGAGCAUCGCGGUAUUAUACAUUCUCCCUUUUAAAGUCACCAAAAACAUAAAACUCUCAAUGUUUCAUUUCAAAAUAAACCACCGUAUUCUUUACACUCGCGACAAACUUUUUAGAGCUAA